AUGCAGCUCAAAACACUUGCAGUGCUGGGUCUCUGUGGCUGUGCUCUGAUCCUGCUGACGAUUGAAGGUCGAGGUACUCCGGCCGGGAAAAUUCCCCGCCGUCAGCUUGGCGCCUACAAGGACUACGGUCACUAUCCGCACAAGCACGGUUAUGAUGACAAAAAAGGACAUCAUGACGUGGGCAAGGAUCACAUGCAACGAUUAUGA